UGGGAUUUCUGAGAGCGUUCUUUCUCUAGACCUUUUCUUCUUGUUAUUAAUUUUAUUUUGUUUCAUUUGAUUCUGCUAGGCCACCGACAGGAAUCGAUAACUCCAGCUAGAAUGCGGAUGAUCUGAAUGAGAAGCAGCAACCCCCCGUUUCAUACCACCUAGCCGACACAUCCUCCCUGAAUCUGCCGCGUCCACCGAGUCUGGCUUGUAUCUCUCCAUCAUGGCAUCGGCGAUCUUCUUUCUCGAUCUGAAGGGCAAGACCCUGCUGGCACGCAACUACCGCGGAGACAUUCCCAUGUCCGCGGUAGAGAAAUUCCCUAUUCUGCUCAGCGAAGCCGAGGAAGAGAGCUCAGCAGUACCGCCAUGCUUCUCUCACGAAGGGAUCAAUUACCUCUACAUCCGCCAUAGCAACCUGUUCAUCCUCGCAUUGACGAAGCGAAACACAAAUGCCACCGAAAUCUUACUCUUCCUGCAUAAGAUCGUCGAGGUCUUCACGGAAUACUUCAAGGUGCUGGAGGAGGAGAGUAUCCGGGAUAACUUUGUUAUCAUCUAUGAAUUGCUGGACGAAAUGAUGGACUUUGGAUACCCGCAGACUACUGAAACCAAGAUUCUGCAAGAAUACAUCACGCAAGAGUCACACAAGCUCGAAGUCCAGGCCCGACCCCCUAUUGCAGUGACUAACUCAGUCUCAUGGCGAAGUGAAGGGAUCCGGUACCGCAAGAAUGAAGUGUUCUUGGACGUCAUCGAGUCGUUGAACCUGCUGGUUUCGGCGAAUGGAAAUGUGCUGCGAUCCGAGAUCCUUGGCGCCAUCAAGAUGAAGUGCUACCUCAGCGGGAUGCCCGAGCUCCGGCUGGGCCUCAACGAUAAGGUGAUGUUUGAGACGACCGGUCGCGCGACCCGCGGCAAGGCGGUCGAGAUGGAGGACGUCAAGUUCCACCAGUGCGUGCGGCUGUCGCGCUUCGAGAACGACCGAACAAUCAGCUUCAUCCCGCCAGACGGCGAGUUCGAGCUCAUGAGCUACCGGCUGAACACGCAGGUCAAGCCGUUAAUCUGGGUGGAAUGUCUGGUUGAGUCGCACUCAGGGUCACGGAUUGAAUACAUGCUCAAGGCCAAAGCGCAAUUUAAGCGCCGAAGUACGGCAAACAAUGUGGAGAUCUUGGUCCCUGUUCCUGAGGACGCCGACUCGCCUCGCUUCCGGACGAACAUCGGCACCGUGCACUACGCGCCCGAGAAAUCCGCCAUCAUCUGGAAGAUCAAGCAAUUCGGCGGCGGCAAGGAGUUCCUGAUGCGCGCCGAGCUGGGCCUGCCCUCGGUCAAGGGCGACGACGAGCACGGCGGCGGUAUGACCGGCGGGUUUGGCGGCAGCAUGGGCGGGGCAGGCCAUAUGGGCAAGGCCAAGCGGCCUAUCAAUGUCAAGUUCGAGAUCCCCUAUUUCACCACCAGCGGCAUCCAAGUGCGGUAUCUGAAGAUCACAGAACCAAAGCUGCAAUACCCUUCCCUCCCCUGGGUCCGCUACAUCACACAGUCUGGCGAUAUCGCCGUGCGCAUGCCAGAUGUCCAAUAAG